CCCCUUGUCUUUACCCUAAUAUUUGCUGCUAUUUUUAGGCAUUUUCCCGACAACCGUACCCUGGCGACGGUGCUUCCGCACCCAAACUUUCCGUUUCUGUUAACAUCUAGGUUCCAAACAUCCCGUUUCUCGGCCGACAUACCGUCGGCAUUUUUUUUGUCCCAGCGAGAUAUUGUCGUCCGUUUCAUUUUCAAGAUGUAUGAGUUCAUGGAGUUGAUAUAGCCGACCGGAAUUUCAGUGGUUCUCAUUUAAUGCUCUCUGCAUCAAAACUUGAAGAAGAUCAAAAGGAAUCCAAAGUUUUCAUAUCCAUCGCCACCCAUCCGGUGUCUCUGAGCUGUGAGAUCAAAAGUUCAUAGGGGUUGAGAAAAAGCAGGCGGAUUAAAUUGGAGGAUUGUUAAGUAGGUAAAAAUAUUAGAAGUGAGAAAGAAGAAGAAAAUAUAGGAGGGGAAAAAUGUUUACGUGUAUACAGUGCACAAAGCAAACGCCGGAGGGAAGGGAGGAGCGAGAAGGAGCGCGUGGGAGUGGGACGCCAAGUACAAAAGAAGCCGUCAAAAGCCUGACGGCGCAGAUUAAGGAUGUGGCUUUGAAAGUUUCUGGUGCUUAUAAACAAUGCAAGCCCUGUACGGGCACAAGCAGCUGCAAGAAAGAACAUAGACCUUACCCAGAUUCUGAUGCUGCUUCAGGAGGAGUUCCAUACCCUUACAUAGCUGGAAGCUCAAGCUCAACACCUGCAUGGGAUUUCACAAGUGCUGGUCACCGUGCUGGUGCAAGGUCUGACUCAAGAUUUACUGGGACGUUCGGUGGUGAUAGGACAACUGGAGGGAUGGAAUCUAUCUCAGCACAGGAUGUGGUCCUAGAGGAUGAGGAUGAACCUAAGGAAUGGAUGGCACAGGUGGAGCCAGGAGUUCAUAUAACUUUUGUGUCUCUUCCUAACGGGGGAAAUGAUCUAAAACGAAUUCGCUUCAGUCGAGAUAUGUUUGACAAGUGGCAAGCCCAGCGAUGGUGGGGUGAGAAUUAUGACAGAAUAAUGGAGCUCUACAAUGUCCAAAGAUUUAAUCGUCAAGCACUACAGACUCCUGGAAGGUCAGAGGAUGAGCUGCAGAGAGAUUCUUCUUACUCGAGGAUAGAAUCAGUUAGAGAAAGCCCAAUGGCUUCAUCAUUAAACAAAGACUGGACACCGAGAAUCUACCCUAAACCAUCUGGAGGCAAAGGCUAUAUCCCACCUGACCACAUGGACCAAGUAGGCAACCAAUACUACAAUGCUGGGCUGAGUGUCAAUCCUGGUGGUGGCCCAAGAGGUGAGACAACUUUUGAUGCAUCAAGGACAACAACCUCAUCCAGAGACGAGCCCUCUCUUUCUGUUAGCAAUGCCAGUGAAAUCGAGGCAGAAUGGGUUGAACAAGAUGAACCUGGGGUAUACAUUACCAUUAGACAGUUAGCUGAUGGCACCAGGGAACUACGUCGAGUCAGAUUCAGCCGAGAAAGAUUUGGGGAGGUGCACGCAAAGCAGUGGUGGGAAGACAACAGAGAGAGAAUACAAGCACAAUACCUCUAAUUACAGUCACACACAAGUCAGGUGCGCCUGAAGUUGAAUGUCCCAAGAGAAUGAACAUACUCAAUUUUGUUCUGAAAAAUGUAAUGGUAAGCAUCCGUCUGGUGCUAGAGUGAAGUUCUUUUGUCACACACAAAAAAAGAAACAAAAAGGAAUCAUCAUCUUCAGAGAUGAUGGUAAACUGACUAACGUAAAUAUUACAGUAAAUUGAGCAGAGCUCUAGUCUUUGGUGAUGCCCCAUUGACAUUUUGGCUCGGCAGUGUUUGUUUGUUGUAAUACAAAUUCAGUUCAAGA